AUGGCGACUUUCGGCAAAUCCUCCUUUGACACCGCCAUUUAUGCGACUUUCAGACCGACCUAUCCUAGGUCCCUCUUUGACUUCGUAUUCCGGUACCACGAGCGCAACAAGGGUGCAAGAUGGGACAGAGCAGUAGACCUAGGUUGUGGGACGGGUCAAGCAACAGUCGAGCUCACACCAUUCAAGCGCGUCACUGGCGUCGACCCAAGCCCUAAGAUGAUUGAAGUUGCUCAAGAUACUCUCAAGAAGACGCCAGUGAGCACUGGUCAAUAUGAAGAGUCUACCAUUCUGGAGGAUAGCAGUGUGGAUCUAGUCAUUGGUGCCCAGGCAGGCCAUUGGUUCGAUUGGAACAAAAUGUGGCCUGAGCUCGCAAGGGUGCUGAGGAAGAAUGGGAGUGCUGCAUUCUGGAUUUACUCCGAGUUCCGCUUCACCGGCUAUCCGUCACUCACAAAGAGAAUCAACGCUUAUAGCCAAGGCCUUGACCCACUGCACAGCGUCGGCCCAUACUGGCAGCAACCCGGCCGUUCGAUUUUAGAAAACCACUUGGUUGCAGUACCAGAUGGGAAUGAAGUUGUACCAGGCGCGUUCAGUGAUUUCGAGAGAGUCUUCUUCACAGGCGACCACUACCCAUCUCUCCCUUCCCCACGCUCCGUGAUUAUGCGCAAGAAGAUGACGUGGGAUGACCUGUUAUCUUAUCUUAAUACGUGGAGCUCGUUGCACACGUUCCGUCAGCGCAACCCCGCGGAUGCGGAAAACCCGCGUGGAGAUGUUGCAGUGCGGUUCUGGAAGGAUCUCAUGGAGGGUGCUGAACGGGAGGAUGGGAGAGCUGUGGAAGGACAUGAUGAAGUAGACAUUGAAUGGCCAUUGGCGAUGAUAAUGGUUAAGAGAGCGUAA